AUGCUCGACCCUGUGAGCGCAAUCGGUGUUGCAGCCGCAGUCAUCCAAUUCGUCGAAUUUGGCGGGCAUCUCUUGUCUGAUGCAUACGAGAUAUACACAUCCCCAUCCGGACAAAAAGCCGAGCACGUCACGAAUGCCACCUUAACAAAAGACAUGGGUCAACUUGCUCGCCAGGUAGACCAGAAGUCAAGAUCUUUGUCACAGCAUGGACAACAGUCGGACUCGGAAGCCCAACUUCUCAAGCUCUGUGGAGAGUGCAAGAAUAUCAGCAAUGAUCUCCUAGCUGCUUUGGGUAUUCUCAGAUUGCGUGGAACAAGCUCAUUUUCAUUCAACAGGAGCGAAAUUAGCAGGAGUUUCAAGGUGGCGUUGCGGGGAAUGUGGUCAGAGAAAAAGAUUGACAAGAUGGGCAAGGAGCUGAUUCGAAUAAAGCAACAAAUGAUGAUGGCAAUAUUGGUCUGCGUCUGGGAUGACUCUAAACGGAGCCAGGAGCUUUUCGUGGGUUUCAGCAAGCGAUUAGAUGAGAUCAUCACUACAUUGGAUCGAAACGAUCCUACAGAAGACAAAAUUUUGAGUGCUGAGAUCAUUUCGGUAGCCAACGCUAAAACAAAUCCCAUUCUCACGGAGCUGCUGCAGAUUCUAUGGGACCCAAACUGGGAUCUAUCAGCUACCUUGACCUUACCGACACCAGGAAACGAGGAGAAAUGCAGACGAGAGUGGUCCAGCUUCCCGGCAUGGCUUGUGUCGGAAUCUAAGCAGAUAUACUGGAUUACUGGCAGGCCUGGCUCGGGAAAGUCAACCUUGACCAAAUUCAUCAUCAAAGACAAAUUUACAAUCGGCAAACUGAAGACAUGGGCUGAUGGACUUGAACUUGUCAUAAUCACCUUCUACUCCUGGAAUGCUGGAUUGGAUUUGCAGAAGUCCUGUGAAGGUCUGGUGAGGACUCUCAUAUAUCAGACCCUCCUACGGUGCCCCAACCUGACUCCGAUUGUGGCUCCAAGACGUUGGACAUUGUUCAAAACGCUACGAAGUACCAUGACGAGUCCACGAUGGACUUUGACGGAAAUAACAGAGUCCUUCACCAGCCUGCUUUCAGAAUGUGGAAAAAGCAUCAAGCUCGCUCUCAUUAUUGAUGGACUUGAUGAGUUUGAGUCACCACCCAAUCAGAUUCUAGAACUCAUCAAGAAAACCAACGCUCAUCAGGGCGUCAAACUUUGCUUGGCUAGUCGCCCAUGGAUCGAGUUCGAAGAGGCCUUUAGUCAUUGUCCAAUGUUGCGAAUGGAGCGCCUGACCAAGGAAGACAUUGAGUUCUUUACACGAAACGAGCUUGAACUGAACCGCGGCUUCAAAUCUUUGAAGGAAGCAUUUCCAGAAGAAUCCGACCAGCUCUUGCAAGACAUUGUCGGAAAGGCUCAAGGCAUUUUCUUAUGGGUGUCCCUUGUCGUUCAUGCACUCCUAGAAGGUUUGACAGAGGGUGACAAGUUGGCCGAUCUGCAAGAAACUGUCCGAGGGCUUCCCAGCGACAUAUCGAGUCUGUACAGUCAUAUUUGGAGCAAGGUUCGAUCUCGUAACAUGGCAAACUCGUCCCAGAUUUUUCGACUCUUCAAGUCGGCUAUGGGGCCUAUCGAUUAUCUGACUCUAUGGCUUGCAGACGAGAUGAAAGGGUUGGAUACGGAUAUGAACUCGAUGUCCGUCGAUCUCAAGACGGAAUUGAAGGGGCUAAUGAAGCGGCGGCUAGACAGUCGAACUCGAGGGAUAUUAGAAAUCUCACCCGAUGAACAUGCACCAGAUUUCGACCCUUAUACUGCACUAUUGCAAGCAGAGGCCAUUCGACUUUCCGACAAGGCCACCUACUUCAAACCAUCCUGGGAGUACUAUGAGUUCUGGAUUAAGGUGCUUAAAUGCCUUGCCUACGCGUCUCGAGUGGACUCAUCUCCCGCCAAUGGACCGAAACUUGUCCAGAUCCUCGACAAGAUCGAUGUGGAAGGUGCCGAGGUUUCAAUAAAUUAUGAUUCAAUCUUCAGGUGGUUACCAGUGUUGCACUUAAAAUCAACUCCUCAUUGGUCGGUUACCCAAGGACCAGCCAGCCGAGAAAACUCCUUCGUUGGAUUUGUAUCUCAAUUCUGCAUUACUCCUUACAUCAACGCGAAGAUAUUGGCAGGCAGAAGACUAAAUCAAUUCGACUCAUCAAGUGAGAAAUCAAUCUCUAUUCUAGAAAAUGCUGUGUUGGGUCCUGGUCAAUCGACAAACCAGAAGAUAGUAAGAAAGAUUUCCGAAGAGUCCUCUUUGGAAGUCCUACACAUUGACACAACCCGAAGACUUGAAUUCGUGAAGUUUCUUCUCGCGAAUGGAGCUACAGUAAGAUUCAACGACGAGAUCUUGAUGAAGAUGAAAGCCCACAGUAAGGGAGUCAGAACGGAUGAAAAGAAGUAUAUAGAUGCUGUCAGUAAGCUUCCGAAAAACUCUGCGGGUGGUAAAGGACUUCUCAAAUCCGCGAUGAACGUUUUCCGGCGUGGUCCAAGCCACAAAUAG